GGGUUGAGCUUUAGCGCGGCCUUUGUCCCACCCCUCGAGGCCGUCCUCCAGGCGCGCCCCGCUUCCUUCGCUUGCUCCCGGCCCCGCCACUCCCUCGCCAGCCCAAACAGUUGUUUACAACGGAAUCCGGACGCUGGGCGUGAGUGGCACUGAGUGCUAGAGAAAGUGAUUCUCGUCGUCGGUGGACAGAGCCCCUUUCUUUUGCUGAAAGACCCUUUCUGCUGAGGAGUCUCUUGGGCUCGGCGUGCAGCUCACAUAGAUGGUCUUCACGGCAAGUGCGAGGAUCCCCCCACCCUCGAUUCCCUUUUUAGGCGUAGCGGGAGUUGGGGAUUGUUGAAUGAAUGAGCACACUGCAAGCAAUUAAAUGGUUCCUCGCUGCAUCCUAAAGCCCUCUAAUUAUAGUUGCCAUAUGUGGGAAGCCUGUUGUGUACCAGCUGUCGUCAUGCACGCUCUGAGGUUUACACUUCCCCUAAACCGAAGAGGUAGGUAGCUGUCUUUUACAGAUGAGGAAACUGAAGUUAACACAGCUAGUUAGGAGCCGGAAUUGGAACCCAGGCCUGGAAAUGUCAAUUCCAGUAACGUCAUUCUAUUUAAUGGGGACAUCUGAUGUUCAGAAAAUUGUAUCAGGUGACUCUUCUGUCUAAUGUGCAGAAGGAAGUCUUCCAAACCUCCUGAGAACAGUCAGCAUUUCUUUUGAUCCCUGGAUUAACCUUCCAGGAAAGUGAAUGAACUUAAUUGAGAAUGUCUGAAAAUCUUGACAAGUCUAAUAUAAAUGAAACAGGAAAAUCAAAAUCAAAUGAUUCUGAGCAAGGCCUUGAAGAUGCUGUGGAAGGUUCUGAAAAAGCUUUACAGAAAAAAAUAAAGUCGGUCUCUCCUAGCACCAGAAGAGUGCAAAGACCUCAUGCUAGUCCUCCUCGAUUUGUGACAGUGGAAGAACUUCUAGAGACUGCAAAAGGAGUCACUAACAUGGCCCUGGCCCAUGAAAUUGUGGUAAAUGGAGACUUUCGGAUUAAACCAGUUGAAUUACCAGAAGACAGCUUGGAAAAGAGAGUAAAGGAUAUUGUACAUAAAGCUUUUUGGGAUUGCCUGAGUGUUCAGCUAAGUGAAGACCCCCCAACGUAUGACCGGGCCAUCAAGCUUGUUGGCGAGAUCAAAGAGACUCUCUUAUCUUUCUUGCUGCCUGGUCACACUAGACUGAGAAACCAAAUAACAGAAGUCUUGGAUCUGGAUCUGAUAAAGCAAGAGGCAGAGAACGGGGCCCUGGACAUUUCCAAGCUGGCAGAAUUCAUUAUUGGCAUGAUGGGGACACUGUGUGCACCUGUUCGAGACGAGGAAGUUAAGAAGCUAAAGGACAUUAAGGAAAUAGUGCCCCUUUUCAGGGCAAUCUUUUCUGUGUUGGACCUGAUGAAAGUGGACAUGGCUAACUUUGCGGUCAGUAGCAUUAGACCGCAUCUCAUGCAGCAGUCAGUUGAAUAUGAAAGGAAGCAGUUUCAGGAGAUUUUGGAGAAGCAGCCAAAUUCCCUGGACUUUGUUACCCAGUGGCUGGAAGAGGCCGCAGAUGACCUUCUGAGUCAGAAGUAUAAGAAUGCCCUGCCGGCUGGGGAAGGGGCCGCUGGCUCUGGGGACGGUCCCAGUCCAGAUCCUGUUGAAGUCCAGAAUUAUGCAUACCUGAUGCUUCUAAAAUGGGACCACCUCCACAGACCUUUCCCUGAAACAGUUUUGAUGGACCAUUCUCGCUUCCAAGAGCUUCAACUGCAGUUGGAGCAACUGGCCGUCCUGGGGGCUGUGUUGCUGGUCACGUUCAGCAUGGCAGCCCCAGGAAUUUCCAGCCGGGCUGACUUUGCUGAGAAACUGAAGAUGUUUGUGAAGAUCCUACUCACAGAUAUGCAUCUGCCCUCCUUCCAUCUGGAGGAUGCCCUGACUACCGUCGGGGAGAAAGUCUGCCUGGAGGUGAGCAGCUGCCUCUCCCUGUGCGGGUUCAGCCCCCUCACCACGGACAAGGAGGCCGUGCUCAAGGGCCAGGUCCACGCCGUGGCCAGUCCCGACAACCCCAUCCGCAGGAUCGUGGAGUCCCGAAUCCUGACCUUCUUAGAUGCCUACCUUGCCUCAGGUCAUCAGAAGCCACUGCCCACAGCGCCGGGGGGAUUGGGUCCGAUUCAGAAAGAGCUGGAGGAAGUUGCCGUUAAAUUUGCUCGCCUGGUCAACUACAACAAGAUGGUCUUCAGUCCCUACUAUGAUGCAAUCCUCAGUAAGAUCCUCGUCAGGUCCUAACCGCUACGCGCCCUCUAGCGGCAGUGUGAUCCGCUCAACUCAGAACACCUGUUCUUCACUGUAACGUUGCUUUGGAAAAUGGCUAUUUAGUACAUUUCUGUUUAACAGCGCUGAAUCCAAAAGGAAGACUAUUGUGUGUAUCACUGUUAAAAAAAGGCACUGAAUUCUAUUUUGAGGGUUCAUAUUUAUGAGUGCAAGUUUACAAAUCAAAGAAGCUUUUUGUUAUCUUGGGUUUGGUAGGUGGCACUCAGGUUUUAACCGGUGGACUGUUGUGUGUCUCCACCCCAACUCUGUCCUGAUUUGUAGCUGCCUGUCUCUCCCAGGAGCAUCUGGGUCAUUUUUCUCCCAGACACCUAAGAGUAUCUGACAGCCACCCCAGAGUGAACGAAGCCAGGCCAAGAAUGUGUUUAGACUCUUGUCCCCUCUUGAAAGGCUCCCCCCAGGUAUUUUGUGUUAGAAGGACUCUAUAUAGUCUUACUGCCUUCCCCGACUCCCUCCCGCCUGCACAAUUUAUUGCUUUCUCCCUGCCUGGCCCAGUCAGAGCCCUAGAACCUUCUGUUUUAGAGGAGAGUUACUUGAUUUUAAAAAGCUUACUCUUUUAUACAGAAUUACUCCUGAGCCUGGAUGAUAGCAGUCAUGUUAUGGAAUACAGAGGAAGGAAAAUUUGUUGACUUUUAUGCCUUGGAAGUUAAAGAGGAAUAUUUUUUUUUAAUAUAUGUCAGUGUAAUAUAUAAGAAGACAAAUGUCUGGAGUUUUUACUGAAAAUUCACUGUGAUACAAUACACAGGUUUAUUAACUGGAUUCAAAUUCCAGAAUUAGAUUUGAAUGUUUUCAGAUAAAAUAGCAUAUGCUCACUUAUUUCUUGGAUAAAGAAGUCAUAGAAAAUCCUUGGGUUUUUUGAGCAGUGUUUAUCAAGGAACUUCAGCGACCAGAAUUCCUGACAUAUCCUGUGACUGAAAGGGUAGCUUGGGUCUCACGGAUGACCUGUUCUGUUAAAAAAAAUAAAAUGUGUGCCUGUGUGUAUUGUAGAUGGGGACAUGAUAUCCGAAACAGCCGUGAAGUUGUUGGAGCGAUCUCUAACUGCAGGGACAGCAAGGCGUGCAGUCAUGCAAGGAAUUCCUACAUUCAAGCUGAUGAGGGGCGGGGCAGAGCAGAGGACAGGGUUGGAGAAACAUUCACCGUGCAGACUGUGUAAUGAUACCAGGCUUCAGAGGAGUGAAUGGUUAUACUGGGAGGAAUGGGACUUCACAAAUUUGCUGCAGACUGUGCUCUCAUAUUUUUACUUGCUAUCAGAAAUGUCUGCAGGGUUACAUGGUCAGAGGUCGUGUUGUUAAAGUUUAGACUCAAGGACAAAUCGUCCCUGGUUUCAUUGGAAGGGGAUAAAGUUCAGGAAGCAGAACUUUGAAAGAACAAAAUCACAUCUUUCAUGCGUAUUCAGUGAGGUCACUUCUGGAGUUGUUCCUGGAGAUCAGGUUGCUGUGUGGCAGCUGUGAUGACUGGUUGUAUAGUAUGAGGUUCUGGGGGCAGCUCCCCCUCCUCCCCUCAGCCUUGGGGUAUUUGGGUCCCCCCCCCCAACGGUGGGGGAGGAGCUUUACUCCAAAAUAUGCAGCGUGGGUCCCCACCUCCUGGAGUCUUUUUCCCUCAGUCUCAAAGGUUCUGCUUUCUUUUGUAAGAAUUAACUCUUAGUAGAUUUUUUUUUUUCCCUCGUGGGUUCCUACACGGACAGAAUGGAAUUUGGACUGUUUGAAAGCUUGAUGCAUACAUAGCAGGGAGCCUCACAGACUUCCCGUGGCCCACGCUGCCUCAGUUCUGCUGCUAGAAUUCUACAAAGGCCAGAGUGAAGGCGACAGAGUUCAGAAUCACAGUAUUCAUAUUGAAUCAUUUUGUUGUGGCUCUUUGAAGAUAAGCGAGCUAGUUUUCUUCCUGGAAUCUCGUAGGAUUAUCACUAAGGGCCAGGAAAACUCAUUUAGUUCAUUUAGUCACUCGGGAAAUGUUCACUAAGCAUCUGGUCGGAACUCCCCUCUACAGCUCUGCCUCCGAGACAGAAUAUCCUUCAGCAUAUAAAUCAUCCCUCAGAAUUGAAUUGGUUUUAUAUACUGCAUACCGACUGGAUUUGACGUGUUUUCGUGCCUAACUGAUUCGUGGAAGACAAGUGUCUCUUAUGAAGGUGCUUAGUUUAUUUGGCAUUAGGGUUUCACUGCAUGUGGGCAGAACGGGGUGCCUAGAGAGUUGGGUCAGUAUCAGCAGGUCCCUUAGAUUUCUUUGAUAGUCUCUUGAAUGAAUGAAUGAGUGAGUGACUGUCCAGAGCAGUAACUGCUGCCUUGUCAGCUCUCAGUUGAUUGGGUAGAUUCUCAGUCUAUGUGUUUUUUUUUUUUUUGAAAAAUCUCAUCACUUCUAAAGUAGGCUGUAAAUGUGAUUGUUUAUGUAACCAUAUAACCCAACUAUAAAUAUACUUCAGGUAAGAAUCACACUGAUGUCUUACUGAUUAGCACAGUAGACAGGUGUACAGGAACUGCUUUCUCUGUGAAGGAAAUUUAUUAAAAAGUUUGACGUAAUAGGCAUAUAACGUGCACAUACUGGCUGACAGCUCUGAAUGGAUUAUUUAGCAGUUCUGUUUUUGUGCCGGUGCUUAUUUUAAUUUCUCCAAAGCCUUAAGAUCCCUGGGAAUAGAGCAACCUACUUUCCUGGUGAGUUUCAAAGGGAGAGGCUCCGUGUUUGCUGUGUGAUUUCCAGUGACCUUUUGGCAUGCCCUGAUUUAUAUGUAUGUUUGUACCUCUCAAAUUCCGGGCAGGGUGGUAGAGUGGAAAGUCUGGGAGCUGUCAAGAAACCAGAGUUCUGAUCCCGUUUCUGUUACGUGAUUAGUUGGGGACAAAUCAGUACCUAUUUCCAGUACCUAUAAAAUGAAAGGACUAGAAUUUUCCUAUAAGUGCCCUUCCAGUUUUGACUUUCUGUGGUAAAUCUGACUGGAGCAACUUAAGUAGACUGCAGUAGGAUUGUGCAGAAAGUUCCUGAUUUAGAGGACUAUCUGGGCUUUCCUUUGUUGCCUUCUUACAAGUUACGUGAUGCUGAGUUAGUCAUCCUCCCUUGGGCUCUGUAUUUUCAUCCAUUAAAUGGGAACACUCCUAACUCACACUUCCUGUGAGGAUUAAAUUUGAUCAUGGAUGUUAGAAUGCUUUGUACAUGGAAAAGGACUACAGAUUGCUUUGUUAGCAACAAAGGAGAGCAUAUAAUCCUCUGCCUGUAGGUGCACAUCUGUUAUGAUGAAUUUGACUGUGGGUGCCCAGGCUCCCUUCAGGCAAGCACGUUUUACAGGCCUGUAGGGAAGGCGUUCCUCCUGUCCUGUCCAGAACUGUUAUUUUCUUUUAUCGUCUCUUCUGUACUAGACCUGCAAUCUUACCUCUUCUUAUCUGCACCCCAGUGAUUUCUCCCCAUUUCCAACUCUAUAUUAUUUGAACUAAAUGAACGUGUGAGAGAACAAAUGAGUGGAUGACUGGAUGGUAGUGGAUGGUGGGCUGUGAAACUCACAUUAAAAGGCACUAUUUCAUUGAAAACAUAAUCUAAAUAAAGAAUUACAAUGAUGUUU